AUGCCAGCUGCCAUCAAUGGUUUUUGUUUGUUUGCACAAGAAUUACGAACGAAAAUAACGGGAAAUAGGCAUUGCUAUCAGGAUGAUAUAAUUUCACCUUAUUUAAUCCGUAUUGUAACACCACUAUGGGAACGCCUUACAAGUGAGGAGAAAAAAGUCUGGAAAGAUCGAGCAAAAAUGAAACGUCAUAUUGAGGAAUAUUUCGCUUUGUUGCAACAGCCAAGAAUGAUGGUGAAACGAAAGAAAUGCGAAAAUGGGGCAAUGGAAGAAGAAAUUAGUGAAAUUGGAUACAGAGCACAAAAUGAGAAACUUGAUGAAUUUGAUGAAAACGAUUAUCCAGAAGAUUUAAUGAUUGGUGUGCCGUUAAACGAAAAAGACUAUGAUUCAGAAGAAAAUGGUAUCAGUCAAUGGACUUACAAAGAGAAGUAUGAAAAAGAUAAAGAACGUGUGCUUGCAUAUCUGCGUACUCUUAAUGGACCGGAUGAAAUUCGAAGAGCUCGAUUUUUGUUUAUUUCGGUGCAAACAUAUGGUGACGUAGAUGGCAUAUGCAUUCCUGCUGAAAUUGCAAUUUGUGAAUUCAAUUUGAAGCACGGCAUUAUUGAUAAGUACACGUCAGUUAUUGGACCAUGGCGUUUGAACAAUGAGAUACAACGACGAAGAGCUGAAUUUCACGCAAACGAAACGCAUCAAAUUCACUUAGAUAUGUUUGGCGGAAUAUUCAAAGUUCCAACUCAAAAUUCGUGCUUAAGAGAAAUUCUGGGUCGUUGUGAGCCAACCAUUGCACAAUACCAAGGGGUUUUCGUUGGCCUAUACCGUGAUGGAAUUGUUGAAUUCGACAAUGAUGUGGAGCAACAGACUCUGGUAACUUCUUACAAUAAUGGUCAUGGUAACGAUGUUUGCGAACGAAGGCGAUCUCAAGGCGAUAAUGGUAACAGUGGUAGCAGUUACAGCAAUCGAACAUGAACGACUAAUAGUUAUUAUGGGUCAAAACGUUCACAACAAACAGGACCAAUUUUUGUGGCCAAUAAAGAAGGACGCCGUUGGUUGAUUUGUCUGAAUCAUGAGUACGAGAAAAUACGCGCAAGCUUGGAGUAUCUUAAACGAGCGCAAGGACUCUCUUACGAUGGAUUUCCUACAACGGAAGAUCGUUUUUGGUUCGCAGAUGCUGUAGUUGAUGCUCUCGCUGAAUACGCCAAUGGUACACCUAAUUUGGAAUACAAAUUAUGGAUGGAUAUUUUUGGAAAAAGACAGCCAUUUGAGUUUAACACACCAUGGGAACGUCGGGCCAAUGUAUUUUGUCGAAUGCAUGUUGUAACACGAAACUGUUGUUGUGCUUCCGCAACUGCCAUCCGAAGUUGCUUUGCGAUAUUUUUUGCACUUCGUGAACUUCUUGAUCUAACUUUGGAUGAUUAA